ACCAAAGCCUCUCUAUCUCCUUAUUUUAACCAUGCAUCAAAGCUUUCUAACUCUCAACUACCACAAACCCAAACUCUCUUAUUUCUCCUUUUCUCUCUCUCUCUCUCUCUCUCACACACACAUGAGAAACUAAGUUCUUUUGUGUAAUCAAGAAGUUUCAUCUCUCUUGUCUCUCCGGAGUAAUCAAGAAAGAAGAUCUAUAGGAUCAAGAUGAUGGAGACGAGACAAAACAGUGUUCAGUUCCAAAGACCCACUUUCUUACCAAUGUUAUGUUCAAGACCUUCCAUCAAGAACGUGACUGUCCCGUCUAAAUUACAUCAAGAAGACCAUCAAACCGAUCCGUUGUCUCCCAAAAUCAGCUGCAUUGGUCAGGUCAAACGAAGCAACAAGAUCGUCGGCUAUCCCACCACCAGCUCCUCCUCCUCCAUCACCCCCGCCAGUCACCACCGUUACUUCAAGCUUAAACGUCUCUUCUCCGGCAAGAAUCUCACUUUCUCCGCUCCCACUACCACCAGCACCAAGACUAGUCGAGGAAGAAUCAGAAAAGAGGAGUUUGAUAACAAAAAGAUUGCUGUUAUCGACGUUGCACAAUUGGACCCUCCGUUGCCGGUGGUUAAGAAGAAGCUCGACGGUGGUGCCGGAGAUAAAGCGGCGGAGAAUCUGUGGAAGAGGAGAUCUGGUGGUGGUUGUCAACUACGGAGUUUGCAGAUUCAACCCAAUGGAGCUCAUCAGCUGAAAGUAACAACUGUUUGAGUUUGGAUCAAUCAAAACUUUUAUUUGUUAUUGUAAUUUUAGUUAUUUAUAUAGUUUGUACAAAUAUAUAACUCAUACUUCAUUCACUUCUUUCUUCUUCUUCGAAAUGAUUCAUUAAAUUAUAAUUUUGGAUGU